AUGGCCAAAUAUCAGUUGAUGUAUUCGGACCCCAACCAUAGUCUCGGUGCGGUGGGAGCCGCGGGUACCUUCUCCGAGUGGGAGGUGGUUCCCAUGGUUUACGCCGAGAAAACUCGGAGCUGGGUUUACGAGGUGUCUGUUGAGAAGAAAACCAAGUUGGUGUACAAGUUUGUGAUUGAAGGCUCGAAAUGGUGCUGCGAUUACUCCAAGGAUAUUGAGACUGACGAGAGUGGUAACGAGAACAACUAUUCGGUGAUUGAUCCCGAAGCACUGACAAAAAUUCAAGAACCCAUUGCAGAAAAUGGCUCUUCAAGCUCGGACACUGCUCGAACGAUUGCAGAUUCAGAUCCACAGCCAGAACAGCCAGAACCAACCUCGAGCCAAGAACUUGCCAAACAGCCCCCAGUGAAGAAAAGGGAGGUACCAUCAUAUGGAAGGCUGGUUCAACUAUGGCAGGUAAUCCUAAGGUGGUUUGCAUUUCUGCUCAACCGUGCAGAUCAUUGA